AUGCUCGCGGCCCUGGCAAUAAUCCUUCUGCCACUCGCACGGUCGCCCUUCAAGAGGGCCGGUCACCAGCGUCUCAAGCGUCUUGGUCAGCAACGCGACGGGGCGACAAACAUGAGUCGGCUGCCGGGCAGCGGCUGCGCGGUGACGCUCGUGCAGCAGGUCAGCAGGGCCGCCUGUGUCGAGGGACGGACGUACGGCUGCACGGCCUCUCCCGGACAGCCACCGAUGGUCUGGGUGAGCAACUCGUGCCGCGGAACGUUCCAGUGCACCGGUCGUUGGUAUGGGCCCAGCUACAACCGAUCCGUGGACUGCUUCUCGCCGCCAGGCCACACUGCCUACGCGUGCGCGUGCCUCGGAGGAGGGCUCUGGCUCCCCGAGGAGCGUGCCGCGGCGUCCGCAGCCGCCGCCUCGUUGCAGCCGCCCACCCGCCAGGCGGUGACGUCCGGAACGAACAAACAGCCAAGAACGCGACCCCGGCCACCGCCCUCAAUCGUGCCCUCGUGCCUCAACACCACGAACGCGUCUGUGCAGCAGCCGGGGGAGGCCGGCGGCGUGAGCAGCUCCGAGGACGACGGGCUGAUCCACGUGGCCUUUUACGACACGCGCGCGCCGCAAAGGCGGAACUGGAUGGGCGUGCUGCGGGCAGCCGCGAUGCUCGACGGCCCGGGCGUGCGACUGCAUGCGCUGCUCGCCUCGCCGCUGCCGCCGUCCGUCCCGGCCCACAUUCGUGUGGCGGCGCUCGAGCUGCGCAGUCCCGGCGCGCGCUGUCUGCACGCCAACCUCGUGCGGCUCUCGCAUGGGCCCGGCCGCACCUACCUCCUCAAACCGCUGCUGCAUUUCGUCCUGCCGCCGAGCGUGCGGCGCGUGCUCGUCCUCGACACGGACGUGGUCAUGAUCCGUCCGCUGGCGGAGCUGUGGGGGCAGUUUGCCCGCUUCGGGCCGGAGGCAGUGCUCGGCCUGGUCGCCGAGCAGUCCAGCCUCUACUCGGGCAACGCCAUCGGCAAGAAUGGUGGGGUGCAGCUGCUGCACCUCGAGCGGAUGCGCCGAUCGCCCGCCUACGCCGCCGCCCUCGACCACUACGCCACUGGCCGCGGCGGCGCCUGGCUGGGCUACCUCGGCGACCAGACGCUCUACUCCUUCAUGGCGUACUCGCACGGGGCGCUCUUCCACAGCCUUGGUUGCGAGUGGAACCGUCAGCUCUCAGUGCAUUUCGGGCUCGAGGCGCAGCGGCAGCAUGCGUGUGCCGCCCCGUGCGGGCUUCUGCACGCAAACUCGCCGGACCUAAAGUGCAUCGGGACCGCCAUGCAGCUCGCCAACGGCUCGUGCGUCGAGUGGCGGCGCCUGCAACGCAACUCCAGCUGCGUGCGCAACCGCGGCGUCGGCGCAAAGUUCCGCACCGCCGCGGCGACGUAUUUCGCGAGCUGCUGCCUCUGA